AUGGCCAUGGCUGUAAAGCUUUCUACUCCCGUCGCCACCCGCCACACACAGGCAGAAUCCAAUGAAGUCAACCUGAGGCGCUCCAGCCGUAUCCGCGUACUACGCCGUUCAGGGGCGCGGCCAUGUGCCACAGCCCAUGGUCCCACCCCCGAGUCCCUAUCUCAAACCAGCAGCAGAAGCAGAAGCCUCCGGCCUCGAACCGCUCGCGCCACUCCCGGAAGCUCCAGCAGUUCUCCCAACCGCAGUCCCACCACCCCCACGCUUCUCAAGGCUGUCAGGGCCACAUCCGGUCCAAACAAUCACCAAACACCCGAGCCCAGUUCCUCGAGGCUGAGUUCGAAGCUGCAACCCACAAAGGCGAAUCCAAGAUCUGACGCCACAACUACCUCCAAAAAGCGUCGCCGCGGAUGCGAUCUCCCGGAUCGUUCCCCUAUUACCGCACCGUCCGCUUCGCCAGAUCUCGAGGACGAUGAAUACCGCACGCCCAGGGCGCUCAGAGCACUCAAGCGUCAGCGAUUGACAGGCGAGAGCUCUGCCCCCAGUUCAUUCACGAUCUCCAUCGAUCAUCAUAACGAACUGCCUGGUGGCCACAGUAGCCGCAACGAUAACAAUUCUCUCAAUCUGUUCGAUUCAGAAGAUGCGCCUGACCCGAGCACGUAUCAAUUUAGGCAAGAUGCUGCGCUAACUUUGGACGAGGUCGCGAGUGGCAAAGGAUCAUCGCUAGCGCUGUCAUUGGCGUCGCCUGCCGAAGAAUCCGCAGGCCCUUUGAAAGGCGUGACAGCUGUCAGUAACGCGACUUCUGUAGAGUCCCCCGUUGAUCUUAAAGAACCGAUCACACCGACAUCGCGAAUCGAUCCAACUUGCAGCGAGACGAAGGUCGUCUCCAUCUCUCUAUCCGAGACUGCCGGUUACCAGUCACCACCGCUUUCCUCCCCUAUCGUACCGCCUACUCUUCUGGAGCUCCCUGCCCUUAUACCCCCACCAGUUGUCGCGCAAGAUAUAGACAUUCUGCAGCUUCCCACACCAUCUUCCCCAUCUCCAUCGUCACCAUUAUCACCGUCACCGUUAUCACCGUCGUCACCAUUAUCACCGGAUCCUCGUCGGCGUAACCGAGUGCGCACACCGGAGGCAUGCGACCCGAACAUCUGGAAAUUGGCGUGCCAGGAGCGGGUACGGUACUUGUUGCGUAGGUAUGGCGGAGCGGCACUCCGAGCGGUGGUCGAAGCGCAGGCUCGGCACCAUGUACUAGCUCAGGCCAAGUUCUGCCAUUACACACCGGCGAGCUACUCCAGCUCGUCGCGCUCGGCGCUCCGCUAUCUACAAGCGGAUGACAUGGACAUCGACUGGGAGGCGGAAGAACUUCACGACUUUGAGUACGGCGAUUACGACGACGACGACGACGACGAGGAAUGGGACUUAGACGAGGAAGAGGACGACGACUACGAGUAUGAUGAGGUGCUCGGCAUGGACAUGAGCGCAGAUUCCACGACGGAGGUCGAAGCCAUGGACGUGGACGAGCAGCACGUUGAUGGAUCACGUGCAUUAGAAGCCUUGACAACGACGCCCACGACAGCGCCUUCGGUGUCAUCGCCGCCUACACGACCGGCAUCGCCUUCGGCGCCGGCGCUUCCGGCCGACCGCUCGUCCGUCCAGCCGUACGUCCCGGAGCCACCGCAGCUCCCACCGCUAGCUACGGUCCGCGUGCCGAAUCUUGAGCCUUGCAUGCCUGUGACUCCGGAGGGCAAGCCAUUCGUGGGCCGCGGGACACCCGUUGACAAGCAGCGUCGUGCGGACUGGGGCAGCCUCCAGCCGGGCUCGUGGACACCAGUCCUUUUCUUUCCCGUGUCACUGACGUCGCCUAAGGCGUCACCGAUACCCGACGUGCAGUUCAGCGACGAUGGUAUGGGCGAGUAUCGUUCACAAGAAGUCGAGAUGGACACGAAUCCCCAGUUUUCCGAUUUCUCGGAACCGUCGGCGUCCAGUGACUUCACGUACGCACCGGCCCUCCCUGAGCGCACAUGGCUCCCUCCCCAACCACCCGCGAUCGUUACCAGCAUCACUUCCGCGCCCACAGCAACACCAGCUUUCCCUCCGUCUGUGUCUCCCGACGUUGCGGCCACGGCGCAGAACCAGACAGGCUGUGCAUGGCACAGCAGUUUUCUGCAAUGUCUCCUCAGCGGCUGCACUCCGUGCGCUCCCACAAAUGCACCACAGCCGUCUUCGUCCAUACUCAUGCCGAGUAUGGCAGGCCCAAGCUCUCCCGUGACGCUCACUCAGGCUCCGGGGGAAUUUGAAUUGAAUGAGCAAGCGCAGCUCGCUUCCAGCACCCUCAGUCACGCACUCGGUUGA